UGUUCCCAGUGCACCAACGGGCACCUGAUGUGCGCCGGCUGCUUCAUCCACCUGCUGGCGGACGCGCGGCUGAAGGAGGAGCAGGCGACGUGCCCCAACUGCCGCUGCGAGAUCAGCAAGAGCCUGUGCUGCCGCAACCUGGCCGUGGAGAAGGCGGUCAGCGAGCUGCCCUCCGAGUGCGGCUUCUGCGCCCAGCAGUUCCCCCGCUCCCUGCUCGAGAGGCACCAGAAGGAGGAGUGCCAGGACCGGCAGUUCUCUCUCCAGGCCCUGAUGGACCAAACGAGGAAAAAGGAGAUGCAGCUCUACAACAGCAUCUUCAGCCUGCUCAGCUUCGAGAAGAUCGGGUACACAGAGGUGCAGUUCCGCCCGUACCGCACCGACGACUUCAUCACGCGGCUGUACUACGAGACGCCGCGGCUCACCGUCCUCAACCAGACCUGGGUGCUCAAGGCGCGGGUCAACGACUCGGAGAGGAACCCCAACCUGUCGUGCAAGCGCACGCUCUCCUUCCAGCUCAUCCUCAAGAGCAAGAUCAACUCCCCCAUGGAAUGCUCCUUCCUGCUCCUCGAGGGGCCCUACGACGACGUGAAGAUCAACCCCGUCAUCUACCACUUCGUCUUCAGCAACGAGAACAACGAGACCGACUACAUGGCCCUGCCCAUCGUCGACUCGGUGGAGUGCAACAAACUGCUGGCGGCCAAAAACAUCAACCUCCGGCUUUUUAUAUUCCAGAUCCAAAAAUGAGACUUGGAAAAAUUAAAAAAAAACAAAAAAAAACAAAAAAAAAAGGAAAAAGGACCCUCUCGGAUCCUUCCCUCCCUUUUCUCCCCCUUCCCCCUCUCCCUCCUUCCCCCUCUCCCGGUGGCGUUCGGUUGGGAAGCGGCGGAGAAACGGCGAGAGAGCGACAAGGAGGCGUUGGGAAAGUCGAUGGGGCGUCUUGGAACCAGCAAAAAGUGGGGGGAACCCAGUGGGAAUGGCUUGAAACCGUCAAUAAAUGGCUUGGAAGCGACAAAAAAUGGUGGGAAACCGUCAAAAAGUAGGUUGAGACCCUGAAAAAAUGGUCUAAAAGC